AUGGAGGACUAUAAGUUGUUGAGUCAGAGGGAGGAAGAAGCUGCACGGAUGCGGGCUGAGGCGGAGAAGUUGGUUAGAGCUGCUCGCGCAGGUGCGGAGCAGCUUGAAAAAGAUAAGGCUGCUUUUGAAAAGCAGAAGCAAACUGAGGAGUGGGCUGUGACUGCCGAGCUUAAACAAGUGCGUACCCUUGCCAAGUUACUUUCUGAGGAGCAUAAGAAUUGGAAAGAAACACUUUCCAAUGAGCGUAAGACAUGGAAAGAAUCUUGGGCUAAACAGAAUGAAAAUCUGUUUCGUGCUCGCCAGGAGUUGGUUAAUGUCAAGGCAGCGAAUGCUGUUUUGGGCAAAGAGAAAGCUGCGGCUGAGGUGAUUGCUGUUAAAUCCCAGCAGGCGGAGGCCCGGGCUGUGAAGGCUCUUGAAGAGGCCAAAGAGGCAGGGGCCCGUGCUGCAAAGGCCCUUGAAGAGGCCAAAGAGAGGGAGAGUCGUGCUUCUAAGGCUUUUGAAGAGGCGAAUGUUGAGCGCACCCGUUUGAAUCAGGUUGUUGGCAGCCUUCAGGUUGAGGUGCAGACUCGCGAGGCCAAGCUUGCAGACAUUACUGCCCGCGUGACUGUAGCUGAAGACCGGGCUAACGAUGCUGUCGAGGCUAGGGACGCCCUGACCUUGUCGUUUAACCAGCUUGAGAUUGUUCAAACUAUCAUGGAUGCGCCUGAGACCGCAACUGGCAUAGACUUGAUCAAGCAGCGUGCCCGUGAUGCUGGUUUUAAAGCUGGUUACAGCCGCUGCAUCGGCUGUAUAAACAUUUUGUCUAAAGGCGGCUAUAUUGAUGAACGGCCCGGGUUUCGUGACGUGGACACCGAAGCGCUUCUUGAUGCGGCCGUUGCAUCCUUUUAUGACAUGUCUCUCUCUUGUGUGGAGAAGCUUGACGAAUGCUUAGAGGCCGCGGAUCAUGUAGACCAGUUGCGGAUGCUAUAUGCCGACGCGGAGAGGGAUGGUACAAAAAAGUGCUUAAGAGUAGAGGUGGGCGCCAAUGAUGAAACCUGCGUUCACUUUUUUGUACCAUCCCUCUCCCUCUCAAAAGAUCAUGUCAGAUCGCAUACAUAA